UGAGAGGGAAAAAUCCACUUUUUGCUUGGCUUGUGUCAGCAUCAUUACACACCAUCCUUGUCAUCUUCCAUGGAAAGAAGGAAGGGGAAAUUAGAUUCCUUGAGAGAAUAGUUUCCAUGGCCGCCAGGUGGAUCCCGGGCUAUAGCCAGCCUCCCUGGCGCCCUCGUGGGCCUGAUACGGGACCAUCCGUCUGCCCAGUCUGCCCGUCACUCUGCCCAGCAGAGAAGACUCCUCAAAAAUGUCCUUCCUCCAAAGUUCCUGCUGCUGCUCAAAUAACUCGAAUUUUCCGCGUGGGGAUAAGCCGCGGUCAGUGGGACCUGGGUGAACCACCAAAGGCCCUACAGAUCGAGCCUGGAGUGGUCGCGGGGUUCCCCGGCCAGAGGCUCCGCCACUCUCCGAUCCCCUUGGAAGACCCCGAGGGAGAAAUAGCGUUAAUUAGGAAACUAGAAACUGGAACUCCGACUCUGGGAACCGAGAACCCGACUGUACCGGGCCAGGGCACGCGGGUCUGUGCGGGACAAUUGGGCCCCGAGCCCUGGGGGACCCCGGAGGGAGGGAGGGGCGCAGGGGCCACCGCGCGCCCUGCAUUUAGGACGCCGGCAUCUCGCUCGCUCCUGGAUCUCCUUCUUUCUAUGCUAGAAAACCAGGAAACGACUUGGAGGCCGGUGGGUUCACCCUUUGAGCCGGUUUUUCUCAGUGGUUGCGGAGAGAGCGGAUGUGGAAUCCAGGCUCCCUGCCCUUCGCCCUGCCUCCGGAUUCGCUUCUUGCCCCCGGGCUGCUUGCGUGCACUCGGGAACCCGUCUACCCACCAGGCCUUUGCUGAGCCAGUUUUUAAAUGUAGGGAGAAAUACAGAGGUUACUGAACACAAAUUCAUUGCGAAUGUCACCGAAUUCAUGGGAGCUUUUGGUCAUGUCGUGCUUAUGUGUGUUAUUUUUAGUCAAGAGAUACUAAAAUCAUAACCAUUCAUCCUGAGGGCUUCUGGGAAAAUUUGGAGAUUAAAAUACCUGAAAAUUCUGGUAAUCCCUGUUCAAGUGAGUCAAUUAAGAAGAAUUUGUUUACCACCCCCAGGCAGAAUCAUAGGAAAGUCAAUGAAGAAGUAUGCUCAACCUCUGUAGUUCUGUUUGGAAACUCAAAACCAACUCUCCACCCUGUCACCCGCCACCCCCACCCCCACCUCCCUGUCUUUUCAGCAUAUUAAUUGUAGAGAUUUGCC